UUUUCUUAAUUUUUCUGUCUUCACUUAGUUGAUAUGCUGUAUUUAGUCGAUGCAUUUCAAUUCUUUUCUCCUUUGUUUCUUGAAAAUCAAAAUUGUUUUCCUUUGUUUUUUGGCACCCUUUAUUUAGCUCAUGUGACAGUUAUAUGAGAUUUCAAUUUUCUGGUAUUGGCUAAAUUCAUGCAGAUUCAUUUGAUUUUCUUUUAAUUGUACAGGUAUGUUUAACUGAAAGUUUGAACAACUAUAGAGGGAAUUCUUGGAAUUUUCAAAAGAUCUUUUGAAUUUAUUUUUAGUAUCUGCUACAAGCAGCAUAGAAUUGUUGAGAGGGGGAGCCGUGACGUAACAUGUAAAGUUACUUCCAUGUGAUCAGGAGCUCACUGGUUCGAGUUGUGGAAACAGAAUCUUGCAAAAAUGCAAGUUGAUGUCAUCACCAAACUUGCAUACCCCCUGGCUAUCAUCAGAUGUUGAAUCUUUUGGUGGAUCCUUCAACAUAUGCAUAGAAGAAGAAGGCACAGCUGACACUGUCAAUUUUCUUGAAGAUUCCUCAUAUCCUGUUUGUAAUCUACCUCCUAAUAUUCCAGAACCCCCUCCAGUUCGUGGUAAAAUCCAUUCAAGAGUAGCUCAUCCUCGACAACUUGCUAAUUCUGAUUGUUUCCCAAAAGAAACAAAAGAUGCAUGGGACGGGCUCUUUAAAGACGGAUUUGGAGCAGAUGUUCAUGUACGUACAGAGGAUGGAUCAGUUAUUCCAGCUCAUUAUCCCCUUCUGAGUGUUGCAUCUCCAGUGUUGGGGAAUGUUCUGCAGCAAUCCAAAGUAAGGAAUGGUAUUAGAUGCAUAAAGAUCGCUGGGGUACCUCAUGGCGCGGUCUAUGUAUUCAUCCGUUUCCUCUACUCAGCCUGUUACGACGAAGAAGAUAUAAAGAAGUUUGUUCUGCAUCUGUUGGUCUUAUCACAUUCCUACUCAGUACCCUCACUUAAAAGAGUGUGCAUAAACCAUUUGGAGCAGGGUUGGUUGACCUCGGAUAAUGUGAUAGAUGUUCUUCAGUUGGCGCGGGAGAGUGAUGCACCACGGCUUGCCCUCUUUUGCAUUCGUAUGGUUUUAAGGGACUUCAAGAGCAUAUCAUCUACGGAGGGUUGGAAAGUAAUGAGACGUGCUAAUCCCGCACUUGAACAGGAGCUUCUAGAGUUUGUUGUUGAAGCUGAUACAAGAAAACAAGAUAGGCUGAAGAAAAUUGAAGAGAAAAAGGUGUAUUUGCAACUGCAUGAAGCUAUGGAAGCUCUGGUUCACAUUUGUAGGGAUGGGUGUCGAACUAUUGGACCUUGUGACAAGGUGCUUAAAGCAAACCAGGCUGCCUGUAAUUUUCCUGCAUGCAAGGGACUGGAGUCUCUGGUUCGUCAUUUCUCUAGUUGCAAAAUUAGAGUUCCCGGUGGAUGUGUACAUUGCAAGAGAACGUGGCAGCUUCUUGAGCUACAUUCACGCAUUUGCGAAGAACCUGACUAUUGCAAAGUUCCUCUUUGUAGGCAUUUCAAGGUGAAAAUGGUGCAACUGACGAAGAAAGACGAGGUGAAGUGGAAGGUGUUAGUAAGCAAAGUGAGAGCAGCAAAGAAUGCAGUGAACUUAUUCUCCUCUCGGCGGUCAGCUGCUUAAUGACCAUAGAAUAGUAAAUAUGAUACUUAUAGCAACAUAUGGCCAAUAUUUUAGCUGGCCAUACAAGCUGUGUAAAAUUACAGCUAUUCACAUAUAUAAAGAAUGUCAUGUAACAGUUGCUAUUUCUGAUUAAUUUAUGGCCGAAAUUAUAGGGUCAUAUACUUUCAUAAGCAAAAUUGAUACAAUAGGUUCAAAUAUAUAGUAACUUUAUGUUUUGUUUC